AUGGCUUUUUCAACGUUUGUAAUCCCCGCAUUCCUUUUGUGGUACUGCAGCAAAUGCAUUUACAACCUAUACAUUCAUCCGUUGAGAUCUUAUCCCGGCCCGCUUCUUUGCCGCGCAUCCUCAAUCCCACGAAUUUGGCAUCGCCUCGUCGGCACAAACCUCUAUCAUGCGCAUCAAGCACACCAAAAGUAUGGUCCAGUGGUGCGACUCAGUCCUACGGAGCUAAGCAACAUCACCAGCGGGACAUGGGAUGACGCCUACUCGAACCUCAACGGUUACACUGCCCUACCGAAAGAGCCUGCUUUUAUCAUGCCGGUAGCAGGUCUUCCUCGUGGUGUUGUCCAGACUAUUGAUGGCCUGGAACACGUACGCCAGCGCCGCGCUUUCGCGCCUGCAUUUACUACUGCGGCACUGCGGAAACAGGAGACCAUGAUCCUUACGCAUAUGCGGAAGCUCAUCGACAGGCUACAGCGCGCUUGUAAGCACGGCAACGGAGAGACAGUGGAAAACAUGGCCGACUUGUUCAACUUCAUGUCUUUUGAUGUCAUGUCGGAACUUGUGUUCGGAAAACCGCUGGGGCUCUUGGACGCUGGUGUCUACUCACCUUGGGCAGAUAACGUCUUUGCGGUCUUUCGCGCCUCUUCGAUACAUGGUAUCGUGUGUUACUACGCGCCGCUGUUGCGGAGACUGAUGAUGCGGGUACUGGCUUCGAAACGAAUGGUUGGAAAGAGGGAUGAACAUCUUUCUUACUCGGCUGACCUGGUCAAUCAGCGGUUGGAACAAGGAGAAAAUACGGGAUUGCCGGAUAUUUGGACGCUGGUAGGAAAGAAACGGGACGCACUGACAAGAGGGGAAGUGCAUAUUAAUGCGUGCAUCUUCAUGACUGCAGGAACGGAAACAACUGCAACCGCUCUUUGUGGAGUAGUGUGGUACCUUGCGACUCAUCAAGAACAGCUCAACACAUUAACAAGAGAGGUACGGAGCAUGUCCGUCGAGGAAGAGCCGUUCACGAUGCAAACAUUAGCACGACUGCCGUACCUCAACGCGGUAAUCAAUGAGAGCUUGAGGCUGUAUCCCCCUACCCCCGACAUGCUGUAUAGGAUCGUCCCAAAAGGCGGCACGGUCAUCUGUGGAAAGCAAGUUCCUACAGGCACCGCCGUAGGCAUCCAUCAGUGGCCUGCAUAUCACUCUGCACUCAACUUCCACCGACCAGACGAAUUUAUCCCGGAGCGGUGGCUGCAGACAGCUGAAGGCGAGUUUGCCAAUGAUGACAGGAAGAUUUUUCACCCGUUUUCGAGGGGUCCAAGGAAUUGCAUUGGAAAAGACCUUGCCCUUCAUGAGAUUCGUUUGGCGCUGGCCCAGGUCUUGUCUCAUUUUAACCUCUUGACAGUGGUUGGUUCUGAAGAUUGGAUUCGACAGAAGUCUCAUAUUGUAUGGGUGAAGCCGCCGCUUAUGGUGAGAAUGAAGGCGGUUUAA